CAGUAUGGAGCUUCCUUAAAAAACUAAAAAUAGAACUACCAUAUGACCCAGCAAUCCACUACUGGGCAUAUACCCUGAGAAAACCAUAAUUCAAAAGGACACAUGCACCCCAAUGUUCAUUGCAGCAUUAUUUACAAUAGCCAAGUCAUGGAAGCAACCUAAAUGCCCAUCGACAGAUGAAUGGAUAAAGAAGAUGUGGUACAUAUAUACAAUGGAAUAUUACUCAGCCAUAAAAAGAACAAAGACGUGGAUGCAUCUAGAGACUGUCAUACAGAGUGAGAUAUGGUGUAAGCUAUUUCUUCAAGAUUGGGCAGCUGAGGACCUGGUAUUUCUGAUUAGCCUUCAGCAAACUUAUAGCCAUAGAGAAACCUCACAGAGUUCCGUAUUUUGUUUUCUGCUUUACACCUUUCCUGGCACCUGAAUUCAUCUUGCAACCAUGUAUGGAAGUGCUCGCUCAGUUGGGAAGGUGGAACCAAGCAACCAGAGCCCUGGGCGAUCACCUCGGCUUCCACGUUCCCCUCGCUUGGGUCAUCGUCGAACCAAUAGUACAGGAGGGAGUUCUGGAAGCAGUGUCGGAGGUGGCAGUGGGAAAACCCUUUCAAUGGAGAAUAUCCAGUCCUUAAACGCUGCCUAUGCCACUUCUGGCCCUAUGUACCUAAGUGACCAUGAAAAUGUGGGUUCGGAAACACCUAAAAGCACCAUGACCCUUGGCCGUUCUGGAGGACGUCUGCCUUAUGGUGUGAGGAUGACUGCUAUGGGCAGUAGCCCCAAUAUAGCUAGCAGUGGGGUUGCUAGUGACACCAUAGCAUUUGGAGAGCAUCACCUCCCUCCUGUGAGCAUGGCAUCCACUGUUCCUCACUCUCUUCGUCAAGCAAGAGAUAACACAAUCAUGGAUCUGCAGACACAGCUGAAGGAAGUAUUAAGGGAAAAUGAUCUCUUGCGAAAGGAUGUGGAAGUAAAGGAGAGCAAAUUAAGUUCUUCAAUGAAUAGCAUCAAGACCUUCUGGAGCCCAGAGCUGAAGAAAGAACGAGCCCUGAGAAAAGAUGAAGCUUCCAAAAUCACUAUUUGGAAGGAACAGUAUAGAGUUGUGCAGGAGGAAAACCAGCACAUGCAAAUGACAAUCCAGGCUCUCCAGGAUGAAUUGCGGAUCCAGAGGGACCUGAACCAGCUGUUUCAACAGGAUAGUAACAGUAGGACUGGUGAGCCUUGUGUGACAGAGCUGACGGAGGAGAACUUUCAGAGGCUGCACACUGAGCACGAGCGGCAGGCCAAGGAGCUGUUCCUCCUUCGAAAGACUCUGGAGGAGAUGGAGCUGCGGAUUGAGACGCAGAAGCAAACCCUGAACGCUCGGGACGAAUCCAUCAAGAAGCUUCUGGAGAUGUUGCAGAGCAAGGGGCUUUCUGCUAAGGCUACUGAGGAGGACCAUGAGAGAACAAGGAGACUGGCAGAGGCAGAGAUGCACGUCCACCACCUCGAAAGCCUUUUGGAGCAGAAGGAAAAAGAGAACGCUCUGUUGAGAGAGGAGAUGCAUCGGAGAUUUGAGAAUGCCCCCGAUUCUGCCAAAACUAAAGCUCUGCAAACUGUUAUCGAAAUGAAGGAUUCAAAAAUUUCCUCUAUGGAGCGUGGGCUCCGAGACUUGGAAGAGGAGAUUCAGAUGCUGAAAUCGAACGGGGCUUUGAGUACUGAAGAACGAGAGGAAGAAAUGAAGCAAAUGGAAGUCUAUCGGAGCCAUUCUAAAUUUAUGAAAAACAAGGUAGAGCAACUGAAGGAGGAGCUAAAUUCGAAAGAGGCUCAAGGGGAGGAGCUGAAAAAGAGAGCGGCUGGUCUUCAGGCCGAGGUCUUUGCCAUUGGUCAGGUGAAGCAGGAGCUGUCCAGAAAGGACACAGAACUACUAGCCCUACAGACAAAGCUAGAAACACUCACCAACCAGUUCUCAGACAGCAAGCAACACAUUGAAGUGCUGAAGGAGUCCUUGACUGCUAAGGAGCAGAGGGCUGCCAUCCUGCAGACCGAGGUGGAUGCUCUGCGGUUGCGUUUGGAAGAGAAGGAAACCAUGCUGAAUAAGAAGACAAAACAAAUCCAGGACAUGGCUGAGGAGAAGGGGACACAAGCUGGAGAGAUCCAUGACCUCAAGGACAUGCUGGAUGUGAAGGAGCGGAAAGUUAAUGUCCUUCAGAAGAAGAUUGAAAAUCUCCAAGAGCAACUUAGAGAUAAGGAAAAGCAGAUGAGCAGCUUGAAGGAGCGAGUCAGAUCCUUGCAGGCUGACACCACCAACACUGACACCGCCUUGACUACUUUGGAGGAGGCCCUUGCCGAGAAGGAGCGGACAAUCGAACGCUUAAAGGACCAGCGGGACCGAGAUGAGCGAGAAAAGCAGGAGGAAAUUGAUAACUACAAAAAAGAUCUUAAAGACCUGAAAGAAAAAGUCAGCCUAUUGCAAGGCGACCUCUCAGAGAAAGAGGCUUCACUCUUGGAUCUGAAAGAGCAUGCUUCUUCCCUGGCUUCCGCAGGACUGAAAAAGGACUCACGGCUUAAGACACUAGAAAUUGCUUUGGAGCAGAAGAAGGAAGAGUGUCUGAAGAUGGACUCGCAGUUGAAAAAGGCACACGAGGCAGCACUGGAAGCCAGAGCCAGUCCAGAGAUGAGUGAUCGAAUACAGCAAUUAGAGAGAGAGAUUGCCAGGUACAAAGAUGACUCUAGCAAGGCCCAGGCAGAAGUUGACCGCCUCUUGGAAAUCUUGAAGGAGGUGGAAAAUGAGAAGAAUGACAAAGAUAAGAAGAUUGCUGAGUUGGAAAGGCAAGUGAAAGACCAGAAUAAGAAGGUAGCAAACCUGAAGCACAAGGAGCAGGUGGAGAAGAAGAAAAGUGCGCAGAUGCUGGAGGAGGCCCGGCGCAGGGAGGACACCCUCAGCGACAGCUCCCAGCAGCUGCAGGACAGUCUCCGUAAGAAGGAUGACAGGAUUGAAGAGCUGGAAGAAGCACUAAGAGAAAGUGUACAGAUAACUGCAGAGCGAGAGAUGGUGUUGGCACAGGAGGAGUCAGCCAGGACCAGUGCUGAAAAACAGGUGGAGGAGUUGCUGAUGGCCAUGGAGAAGGUAAAGCAGGAGCUGGAGUCCAUGAAGGCGAAGCUGUCCUGCACUCAGCAGUCGCUGGCAGAGAAGGAGACUCAUUUGACCAACCUUCGGGCCGAGAGAAGAAAACACUUAGAGGAAGUUCUGGAGAUGAAGCAGGAAGCCCUUCUGGCCGCCAUCAGUGAAAAAGAUGCCAAUAUAGCUCUUUUGGAGCUUUCAUCCUCGAAGAAAAAGACCCAGGAAGAAGUGGCUGCCCUGAAGCGGGAGAAGGACCGGCUCGUGCAGCAGCUCAAGCAGCAGACACAAAAUCGGAUGAAGCUCAUGGCCGACAAUUAUGAGGACGACCACUUCAGAUCCUCCCAUUCCAGUCAAACCAAUCAUAAACCCUCCCCAGACCAGAUCAUCCAGCCCCUCUUAGAACUUGACCAAAACAGAAGCAAACUAAAGUUGUACAUUGGACACCUGACAGCCCUCUGCCAUGACCGAGACCCCCUGAUUCUUCAAGGACUCACUCCACCAGCUUCCUAUAACUUGGACGAUGACCAGGCAGCAUGGGAGAAUGAGCUGCAGAAGAUGACCCAGGAACAGCUUCAGAACGAGUUAGAGAAGGGUGAGCGGGACAACUCAGAGCUACAGGAGUUUGCCAACGCCGUCCUGCAGCAGAUAGCAGACCGCUGCCCCGACAUCCUGGAGCAGGUGGUCAGCGCCCUGGAAGAGUCUUCGUGACCGUCUCCGUGGGGAGCGGCCAGCCCAGUACCGUAGCCCGCUCGAUGAGCCCAGGAGCCGAGGAGGGAGAAGCACGAGGAGGGGGCGCUCAGACGGCUCUUGGCAGCAAGCACACACUCCAGACUCUGCCCUGUCUCGGUUGGUCCCGCGAGUGCAGCUCCAGCACCGUUUCUGCGUCUGUCCUCCUGUCGUCCACUGUUGUCUCUGCGCUAAUUGUCCUGCUGUCCAGGGCGGGUGAGUGGCCGAGCCUCCGUGGAGAGCUGCCAUCCAGCCAUCGGCAGUGACACCGUGGACGCGGGCGGCCGUGCCCUGACAGAGGGACACGGGGCAGAGCCCUCCUCCCUUCUGUCCGUGGCGUGAGAACUAGGUCUGGACUCUGCAGAGCUCAGCUCACCGAGAGACGCCUUCCCUGCAGACCAGGGCGCCGCGUGUUCUAAUGUCACAACAGGUGCUUUCUCGUAAAAGGGUAAAAAAGACAAAAAAUCUCAAAAAGAGUAUUAAAAAAGGAGACGGCGGGGAGAGAGAACAGGGACAGAGAGCCGACCGGCUCUUCUCUUUCCCAUCCGUCCUGGUUACUCUCCCCCAGGGCCGUCUGUGCGGGACUGCGGGCAGGCUGCGCCGGGGCUUGGAGAUCCUGGCGUCCGUGCCGCACUGGUGCCUGCGCUUCUCCUAGCCUCUGGGGCGAGUCCCUCUUGUUGAGGACCUUGGUGUGUCAGAUCACAUCUGUCACUGAAAGAGAAGAGGGCAGUGUGGUCACCCGCGCAGCUCUGCUUCUGUGGAAGGCGACCGGUCCUCGGGGUCAGGCCGGCUUCUCCCAGACACCUCCCUCGUCAGCAGUCUAGGCCCCAAAGCGUGCUUCUGCCUCACCCCACCGCCCGUGCUCCACGCUCAGGCGGCCCAGCCUCCCCCCUUCAGCUUUCCUGCUGAACCAGAGCUUCUGCUUCGGAUGAGUGUUUCUCUUCCCACGCGCAUCCCUUCCCCCUUUCUUGCAUUCGGAUAAUCGCUAUGAAGUGCCUCCUGUGUGCAAGCCGCUGUCGGGCACCCAUCCUGGAAGAAAGCCUGUCUGCGGGGGGCGAGGGCAGUCGAGGAUUCUGUGAGACCCA